AGGUGCAGUGGCGCGGGGAGCACGCUCCUCCCACCAGCGGACGCCUCACGCCCUCAAUUUCAUCGGGCUUCGGGACACCGCCGCAAGAGAGAGACCUGAAGGCCGCCGGCCAUGAGCGGCCCACUACGAUCCGGCCCGAGCAGCUGGCGGCGGGCGGCCACCCUGGUGCUGGCCGCGGGCUGGACCCGCCCGAGACCCGCCGCCCGCGCACCCGCCGACGGCUUCCGGCUGCUUUUACUCCAGCGCUCCCCAAACCAGCGCUUCAUGCCGGGCGCGCACGUCUUCCCGGGGGGCGUGCUGGACGCGGCCGACAGCUCGCCCGACUGGCUGCGUCUCUUCGCGCCUCGCCACACACCGCCGAGCUUCGGCCUGGGGCCCUCGCCGCCUCCUCGGCAGCAGCUCCCUCUCCCGGGGCUCUUCCCCAGCGACGCGGACGCCGCGGCGCUGCCUAAUGACGUCGCGCUGCGCAUCUGCGCCAUCCGGGAGACCUUCGAGGAAGCCGGGGUGCUGCUGCUGAGGCCGCGGGGCUCGGCGUCGGCAUCGCCGCCGUCGCUGCCGCCGGAGUCUCGGGACCCGGGCCACGCGCUGCCCCCUCCCCCGGGCCUGGCCGAAUGGCGCUCGCGCGUGCGCAGUGACCCGCGCGACUUCCUGCAGCUGUGCGCGCACCUGGACUGCACGCCCGACAUCUGGGCGCUGCACGACUGGGGCGGCUGGCUCACGCCGUACGGGGCCGGCAGCCGCCGCUUCGACACCGCCUUCUUCCUGUGCUGCCUGCGCGAGACCCCGAGCGUGGAGCCCGACCUGGCCGAGGUGGAGGGCUACGAGUGGUUAUCUCCAUCGGAGGCAACCGAAUGUUUCCUGUCCAAAGAAAUCUGGCUGGCACCACCGCAGUUCUACGAAGUGAGGAGACUUGAAAAUUUUGCCUCCCUCUCCGCUCUGCACAGAUUUUGUUGGGAUCGCCCACGAGAAGUCUCCGAGAGAUGGCUGCAGAUAAUACUCUUAACUGCCGAUGGCUCCAUCCAUCUUCUUCCUGGAGAUGAGCUGUACGUGAAAGACUCUGACUUCUUGGAAAAGAAUAUGUUAACUGACAAAAAGACUGAAGAAAUUCUGAAGGAAGGCAAAGUGCUUAACCGAAUAGUGGUCCGCGGUUCCCACUGCUACGAAAUCUACGUGACUCUUCCGUCAACGAACAACUGUGUGUACCCCAAGAACUACAGAGUGGACAGGGCCCGUGUCGCCCACUUGUGAGCCGUCCUACUUAACCGACUGCUAACAGAGGAGGAGGAGGAGCAACUGACCUGGUCUAAAGUCUAAGGAACGUGCCAAUAAAAGUCUCCGUGAGCUGUGUCCUGUGUCACAUGCGUUGUGGGAGCCGCUGCCGUUCUUCAAAGUACACAGCAAGCCAUGAGUAUAAAGUGCAUGAAGGAUUAGCCCAGCACGGU